AUGGGGCAGUGCAUGGGAUUUCCUCGGCCUCGCCCCGGGCAGUGCUAUCACCCGGACAAAAGUCUUUCAGAUGAGGUGGAAAUGGCUACAGUCCGCAUGCAGGCGCUGGGCAAUGCCAAGGAGAUCCUCCUCAACCCGAGCCUCAGGAUUCUCCAUGACAAUAUCCUGGGCCUGGGAGUUGGUACUGGGGGGACGGGGGACGGUUCCGCCCCCGUCGAACGCGGCAUGAGAUGGAGGGUCAAGCGGCACCGCCCCCCAUCAUGGAUGGUGGAAUCAGGCCUCCGCCAAAAGCCUCGCCACAGAGCUGGCUCUGCCAAGGGCAAGGACAAAGGUCGCUGGGGUACCCCCUUCUACGACACCAGCAGCGAGGAGUUUUCCAGUGGCGGUCCUGACACUGAGUCCUCUGGCCCGGAGAUCGAUAGGUACCCUCGCAUCCGCUGUGGACGUGUGCUGAGGUGCUGCAAAAGGGGCCUCCCUACCGGUACCGCCGACAGCAAAAGGGGGCUUCCAAAGGCCCGUAUGGCAGUUACCGCCCUGACGAUGUACCUGGACGAAAGGGGGCCAAAAGGUGACGGAGAACCUCCUCAUGGACCUCUUUUUCGUCAGCUGGCGCUCCGCUCCGGCCUAACCCCUGGGCACGGGCCAAGGAAGCGCCGCCUCCCCCCCCCGCCGAGCUCAAGUCGGUCUUUGGUUGUGGCUGCAUUUUUCCAGCAUCAGAAGCCCUACAAGGCCCCACCGAAGGCACGUCCCAGCACGGCGCCUCCACCUAAGAAGGCUGCUCCACCCCCAAAGCCGUCGCAAGCCCCUGGGGCCGAGGCUCCGCCCUCCCCACCAAGGCGCCGCCGCCCUCCACGUUUGACAACACGAUGCGGUGGAUCUGUGGAGGCUGUGGAGAACCUAAUGGGCUUCAUCGGUAUGGCUGCAAUGGGUGCCGUCGCUCUCGACACGCUGCAGGAGAGGGCGACACACUGGAUAUGCCCCGACUGCCAGGAUGAGACGACCAUCAAAGCGAACCAGUGUUCUGGAUGUGGAUGCUGGCGGCCAAGACAUGGGUCUCUCAUCAAUAACGGCCCUGCCCCCGACGACCUGCUGGUGCACCCGAGGGCGUCCACAGACGAGCAGAUGGAAGAGGAAGGCGUCACCGCCCUCUGUAAGGGUAUGGGCGCACUGCCCGAGGGACCUCUGCCCCCUACUCCAGCCACCCCGAAAAGCUAUGCCGCACCGCCACCGGCGUCUGGUGGCCUUCAGCCUCUGGUCGACCCGAAGGCCAGGGGCCCCACAGAGGAAAGCCGUCCUAUGGCGAUUGUGGCACCGAACGGCGAUCUACCGCCCCUCAGCCCUGCGACCGGAGACCAUCGCCCCCUGUUCACCUUUCAGGACUUCCUGAGGAACCCCAGCCUUGGUCAACAUUACAGGGGGAAUGAGGGGCCACCUCGCCCAGGCCGUGCCGCCCUACCCUGCAUUUACCCGGCCCCGCUCCGCCUGCUCCCGCUUGCAGAGACCUAUGCGGAAGCGGACCAAGCCCAGAAUGUUAUGGGCCGGUGGGCUAUGCAGAUCUUGGGCAAUGGGCCGGCAGUUCCGCCAGAUGAGGGCGUACCGCCUGCAGAUGGCAGUAAGGGUGCCUCCGCCCCGAGUUCGACGCCGAGUGGCAAAGGCUCCGGGAACGCUGGCAAGAGAGCCACGCACUGGUACUGCAAAAGGUGCUCCUAUAGGGUGCCAAUCACCCGCACGAUUUGCACCAUGUGCAACCGUGACAGGGAGCAAUGCGUGGUAUCUGAUGACGAGGAACCGGAGGAUGAUGUCGUCCUCAACAAAGAGGAGCUCGAGGAAGUUGCCCGGCUCGAACGAGAAUGCGCGGACCUGGAGCAAAGGAUGAGAGGCCUCAACGCCGGCCAGCAGCGGGCACUCCUGGAAAACCUCGCGAACAGCUCGAGUGCCGUGAUGGGAGGGCUUUUGGCCGAUACCAUCAGGCGCACCGCCCAGCUACGAGGCCAGAAGGGUAAAGGGGGGUCCAGCAAUGUCAAGGUGAGGGCAUCCAACGACACUGCUCGCAACGACCCCAAGUACCUGGCCGAUUUGGAGGCAGGUGUAUCCACGGCAGUGGCGUUUCAACGCCAUCGCUCCCGACUUCGUGCCGUACAACACCAGGUGGCCCAGGGCAAUGUGGCGUUACAGCCCCGUGCCACUCCCCUGCAGAGGGUGAGGGCGCUACCGCCCAUGAUGAGCUUGGGCCGCUCCCAUCGCCUUUAUCUCCUCAACAGAUUGGAGAGACUUGAAAGGCGGGGAGUCACCUGGACCCAGGAGGAGCAAUUCCUCGAUUACUUGGAGGCGAGAGUCAAUGCGGAUGCAGAGAGAGCGGAGCCCACAACCGCUUCCAAAUCCGCAGGUGCUCCACCCCCCCAGGUGUACCACCUCAUACUGGCACUACAGCGAGCACCCCGUCGGGAACCUCUUCUGCACCAUCGGGUACAACCGCGGACGGGCGGCCAGAACCUCCCCCACCUCGUUCCGAUCAGCCGGAAGAUCGAGAAGCUGGGCGGCCAGUGCCUCCGGACCAAGGGAGGUGAUGCUGCAGGUGACACCGCCCCAGCUGGGAACGAUUUACCGGCUGAUGAUUCAGCACAAAGUUCCGCGGUGGGCGGUUUUCAUCUUUAA